UUUCGUUCGCUGUGUUGGAUCAAUCUUCCUUCAAUAUAAUGGCUAUUUCUCUUGUCAAUUUACUAAAUACAAUACACUUCCAUUUUCUACAACCUCUUCCUUGUUUGAGUGUUGAUGAUAGAGAAAGAAUAAUGAUCCAAUCUUUGUGUAAGAAGCUCCGAUUUUUGCAAGACUUUUUGGAGGAUUCUGAGAAGAACAACAUCAACUGCCCGGCAUGGAGAGGCUUGGAGACAGAGAUCAGAGAUGUAGCUGCUGAAGCAGAGAGAAAAAUUGAAUCAAAAUUAUAUAAACACUAUUUGUUCUACAACGAGAAGACAGAGAUCAGAGAUGUACCUGUUAAGCCUUGUGAGAGUCUUCAUCAGACCUUGAAACAAGUAAAGGGAGACAUUGAAUCACUUCAACGGAGGAUUCUGCAGAUUGAGAGCAAUCGCAAUCACUCGUUAGAGCCGCCAACAAGAAACGCAGCAAUACAGAAUAUCAAAGCUGAUAGCUCGUCCAAACGUUUUUCAGAGCCCAACAAUGUAAUGGUAGGAUGCGACGAUGAGUUUGAAACCAUCAAGCGCAAGCUCAUUUCAGAUUCAAAUAACCUGGAAGUCAUCUCAAUCACAGGUAUGGGAGGCAUCGGCAAGACUACUUUAGCUCAAAGAGUCUACAAUGAUAAAGCCGUGAUUGCUUCUCAUUUUGACAUUCGAGCAUGGACUACUGUAUCUCAACAACACAAUCUUAGAGAAAUGCUCUGUGACCUUCUCGGUUCUAAUGACACCGACCUAGAUAUCUCUGAUCUAGCAAGUCAACUACGCCGAAAGUUGUUGGGUCAGAGGUAUCUCAUUGUCAUAGAUGAUAUAUGGAACACUCAAGCAUGGGAUGACAUUCAUAGAUGUUUCCCAGAAGAAGAUUUCAAUGGGAGUCGAAUAUUGCUGACUACACGGCUCAAACAGGUGGCUGACUAUGUUAGUUCUGGUAACAAUCUUUAUUCCAUGCGAUUCUUAAAUCUCAAUGAAAGUUGGAGUUUAUUUUACAAGAAAGUAUUUGUAGAAAAAAAAUUCCCCCUUGAAUUUGAGAAAAUUGGUAGAGAUAUUGCUGAAAAAUGCCAAGGAUUACCCCUAACAAUUAUAGUGGUUGCUGGGCUUCUUUCCUCCUCAUUCAACAAGCCAUCACUAAAUCAGUGGGAGAAUGUUGUUGCAAAUUUGGAUCAGUUGCUUAACACAGAUCCCGAAAAGAAAUGUUCAAAAAUACUCUCACUAAGUUACAACCACUUACCUCUGCAUUUGAAAGCUUGUUUUUUAUACUUUGGGAUUUUCCCAGAAGAUAGGGUGAUUAAAGUGAAAAAGUUGAUUAGGCUAUGGAUUGCCGAAGGAUUCUUAAAGUUAGAGUUGAAUAAAACUAUGGAAGAAGUGGCAUAUGCUUACUUAAAGGAUCUUGUUGAUAGAGGUCUAGUUCAAAUUGAUAAGUGGAGCCAUUCUGAUAACAAAAUCAAGUAUUGUAAGCUCCAUGAUGUGCUGCAUAGCUUUAGCUUGAGAGAGGCUAAGAGGGAGAAGCUUUUGUUUGUUACAAAUGAGAAUCAUAAUGUGCCUGAGGUUGUAUUAGCAACAAGCAGCUUGGACCGAAAAGUUUGCCGUUGGGUCGUCUGUUGUCGAUUAAGGGAUAAACAUUAUGAUCCAAUUAGUCGAUCAAGGUAUUAUAUGGCUCACACAUCCCAUGAAUUGUGUUCUUUUCUAUAUCUUCCUCGUCAUUCUAUUGUACGCAAUUCCAUAAUACUUCCCUAUUCUAAACUGAAACUGCUAAGGGUGUUGGACAUAAGUCAUUCUCUAAAUCACUACCUACCAAGAGAAAUAGUGGAUCUUGUUCAUUUGAGAUACUUAGCCCUACGCAUUUACCAGGAGGCAUCUAUUAAUGAUUACCAGUGGUGUAAGCUUAGAUGUUUGCAGACUAUCAUUAUUUUUGGUUAUUUGGCAUCUUUUACACCAAAUAAUAUUUUGGGUAUGCCACAAAUAAGGCAUGUUCAUAUCUCUCAAGGGAUUCUUAAUUACCUCCAUCUCCCAAAAUUGGUUCAAGGAAAUCUACAAACUCUAUCUUGGUUGAAUCUACCUCAACGUUUGCAAACUGAGCCAGACUUCAAAGGGAUUCCAAACCUGAAGGAACUUGGGAUUCGUUUAAUGGGCUAUGACCCUUAUUACAAAAUGCAUUCUUUAAGUGAAAAACCUUGGGGUUUACUACCACAUAUUUCAAUGGAAGGUCUUCUCAAUUUGCAUCAGCUGGAGAACUUAAAAUUUGAAACAAAUCAAUGGUCUCUGAAAUGUGACCUCAAACUUCUAAAAGCUUUUCCACCAAAUCUCAAGAAGUUGACCCUUAGAGGAACACAUUUUUCAUGGGAGGAUAUGGCCAUUAUUAACACAUUGCCUAACCUUGAGGCUCUAAAAUUGAGAGAGGAUGCUUUCUGUGGCCCAGAGUGGAAAGCAACAGGAAAUGGCUUCUGCAAAUUAAAGUAUUUGGAAGUUACUGCACAUUCAAGUCUCAAGCAUUGGAGUGUGGAUGCUGAUCAUUUCCCCAUUCUUGAAUGCAUAUUUCUUAAUCAGUGUCAUCUUUUGGUGGAAUUUCCAACUGGUUUUGGUGAGAUUAACACAUUGCAGUUAAUUGAUUUAAAGAAUUGUCCUUCCCGCCUUGUGACUUCUGCUAAAAAUUUUCAAGAAGAGCGGCAGGAUCUUGGAGACGAUAAACUUGUUCUCCGUGAAUUUUAUACUGCCUCAGAGGGUCGCUGGGUGGGCUAUGAUACUUGAGUACAUUACUCUUGGUGCAGCUGCUGCUCAUGGCAUAUCUCCGAAUUUGGCACACACUAUGAAGCAAUUGGUUCUGAAUUCGGAGCAGUCAAUUAGGACAAUUGGUGGAUAUCCUGGGAGGUCGAGGACUUUGUAUCUGGCGGAAGAAUUUUUCACUCCUUAGACUGUGAUGGUGAAUUUGCAGUUCCCUUGGGGGAAGGUGGAAACUUUGCUUCAUUGAAGGCUGUUUUGAAACUUUGGCUGGGUGAAUUUAAUGCCACUAGUUUCCAAUUGAGCAACAGCUCCUGCAUCAGCUCAACUUCAAUUCGUGUAUUCAUUCAUUGUGUUGUAUUCAUUAUCAUGUUUCAUGCAUCGAUCUGCUCAGCUUCUUGUAUUUUGAGAAUAGUGUUUUAUGAAUACAAAUAUUAUUUGAAUGUUAUUAUUUCACAAAUAUUAGUUACAAUUGAUUUUCUUUCCAAUUA